AUGACCGAGCUCUCCAUGAACAUGGAGAUCGACACGCUUCAAGUGCUGUGUCCGAAGCUGAAAAAGAGUAAUUUUCGUGCUGUCAACAAUUGUCGUCGUUACAAAUUGUUGUUCGAGCCGGAUCUUACUGCUCCGAGAGCAUACGCUGAAAAUUACAACACCAGUUUCUGCCUGAACGGCGGCCACUGCUUCCAGCAUCCGAUGGUCAACAACACGGUCUUCCACUCCUGCCUCUGUGUGAACGACUACGAUGGCGAGAGGUGCGCCUACAAGAGCUGGAAUGGUGACUACGUCUACACGCCUUCAACGGUGCAGCGAAAGGUCCGGAUGGCGCACAUCGUCUUCUCCUUCCCCGUGCUCAUCAUGCUCUCCUCGCUUUACGUGCUCUUCGCAGCAGUCUUCAUGCUCCGCAAUGUGCCGGAUUAUCGCCGGAAGCAGCAGCAACUACACCUGCACAAGCAGCGCUUUUUUGUCACUUGUUGAGGGAGAAUCCUCCAGGAGAGGUCCUCCACUCGAUUUAGAUUUGAUUUGGAAACAAUUUUGGUUUCGCCUAUAUAUGGACUCUCUUUUCUUUUUUGUUGGUUGGCAAUUUCUUUUUGACCAACACUUCUUUACGUAGCGCAGCGCAAAGUUAACGCUUUAAUUUAUUGAAUACAUUUAGUGUACUUAGUAGGAUUUUCUAUUUAGUUGCAAAAGACGCACAAUUAGUAUUUGCUUUUCUUUAUCAUUUCUUAGUUUCGUUUGUUUCGCUUUUGAAGCUUUCGUUGGAGCUUUUGUAGUUUGUCUUGUAGUAACAUUUUGUUACGUUAAAUUAACCAUUUACGAAAUAUUAAGAACGUACUUAGAACAUAAUCUUAGCGCUUACUCCAGUUUACCAGGACAAAUGAUUAUUAUUUUUUGUAACACUCGGUUACAUCUCAUGUAUAUUGUAAAGAAAAACAAUUUUUUGUAGUGUAUUAAAGAAGAGGAUUGGGACUCGACUCGAAAACA